CUGACCUCACUCACAGCCCGCAUUGUUUGCAGACGUUUUCCUUCAACACCAGCGUAUUAUCACCAUCAUCAUCAUCAGCUUUCAGUGAUUUCACAAUGACAGACGCUGUGAUGGGCACAAAGGGUGUCCAUGUGCAGUCUGGCCCGUGUCUCGGUGCUGAGCUGACAGAUGAAGAGAAGGAGAUUAUUAACAAUGUUAUUGCCCGCGCCGAAAAAAUGGAGGCCAUGGAGCAGGAGAGGAUUGGGCGCCUGGUGAAUCGUCUGGAUAACAUGAAAAAGACAGUUUGUGGCGAUGGAGUGUCACGCUGCCUUUUAUGUGGAGAGCAGCUGGGCGGUGCAGGUGACAGAGCAGUGGUUUGUGAAGACUGUAAAAAGAACAUGUGCACCAAGUGUGGCGUGCAGACGAACACUCGGCCGCGGUCUGUGUGGCUCUGCAAGAUCUGCAGUGAACAGAGAGAGGUAUGGAAACGAUCUGGAGCCUGGUUCUUCAAAGGUCUCCCGAAGCAGUUUUUACCCUCACCAAUGCCCAUCUCCAAACCUAAAGACCGCAGUCCUCAUCAAACCCCUGCGGCUCCUCCAGUGACUAUGCAAACUCAAGCACCGGUCACAGCUCCAGAAGCAGCAGUGAAUCCACCGGUCAGCCCAAAACCACCCGUGGCACCCAAACCUGCUCAUCUCCAAACUCAGAGUUUCUCAGAGGACGGAGAUUCUGCGAGUCCCCAAAACACACCAGUGAUGAUGAAGAAGACUGUGAUUGUCCACGCGGCCAGACCGGUCUCUUCCAGCACAUUCCAGCCAGCAGCUGCUCUGGAGUCAGAGAGAGGAGUGUAUCCGCCGCUCAGCAGUGGAUCUGCAGACAGAGAAGAGCUCAAGUCUGUCAGUCCUCGGGUCGCUCAGCAUCAGAACGCGCCGUCAGUGGACGACGAUGAGGAAGCAAACAGCUACGACUCCGAUGAAGCCACAACUCUCGGAUCGCUGGAGUUCACUUUACUGUACGACCAGGGGAACAGCAGCCUCCACUGCAACAUCAUUAAAGCAAAGGGUUUAAAGCCAAUGGAUUCCAAUGGACUGGCGGAUCCAUAUGUUAAGCUUCAUCUGCUACCGGGUGCAAGCAAGUCGACUAAAUUACGCACCAAGACUCUACGCAACACUCGCAACCCGACCUGGAAUGAGACGCUGGUUUACCACGGCCUGACAGACGAGGACAUGCAGCGCAAAACCCUCAGAUUAUCUGUCUGUGAUGAAGAUAAGUUUGGCCACAAUGAGUUCAUCGGAGAGACCAGAGUUGCACUGAAAAAACUCAAGAUCAAUCAGAAGAAGAACUUUAAUAUAUGUCUAGAGAGGGUUGUUCAGACGAAACGAUCAUCAACUGCAGGAGGAGCACGAGGAAUCACUCUCUAUGAGGAUGAGACUGGGAAGGAUGGCAGUGAACUGGAGGAGAGAGGUCGUAUCCUCAUAUCUCUCAUGUACAGCACUCAGCUCGGACGGCUGAUUGUAGGGGUUGUUCGCUGUGUUCACUUAGCAGCAAUGGAUGCCAACGGCUACUCUGAUCCCUUUGUUAAAAUAUGUCUGAAACCAGAUAUGGGGAAGAAAGCGAAGAACAAAACCCAGAUAAAGAAGAAGACGCUCAACCCAGAGUUCAAUGAGGAAUUCAGCUAUGAAAUUAAGCAUGCAGAGCUGGCCAAAAAGACUCUUGACAUCUCAGUGUGGGACUACGACAUUGGCAAAUGCAAUGAUUAUAUAGGAGGCUGCCAGUUGGGUAUCACUGCCAAAGGUGAGCGUUUGAAGCACUGGUACGAAUGCCUUAAGAAUAAAGACAAGAAGAUCGAGCGUUGGCAUACUCUGCUGAACGAGAAUCACAUCUCCAGUGAUUAAGCUCCUAAAGCGUCCUGCAUGCCUUCGACAGUUUCACGUCCUUAAGUUGUACUCGGCCCAUCUGCCAACUACAUUCGCCUCAACUAACUGCAUAUCUCGGUCUGUACCGAUCUUGUUAUUGUCCGGCUGACACAUGAUAUGCUUUCAAGGAACAAAAUGUGAUGUCUGGAGCUCUUCUGUUCACUGUGAUCCACACGAAAUGACUAUAGGUUAGGAUUGAAGUGUAAAAGAACUGCACAAUUAUGUCACGUCACGUUCUCUUAUCUUUACCCAGUAGCAUUGUGUUUUGUUUUGAAUUAUAGUUUAAGAAUAGCUGUAAAGACUCCAAAUAGUUACCUUGUCGUGGGAAUGCGUUAUCAUGUCUCUCUUGUUAAAAAGCAUCAGAAAAAAAAUGAUUAAAAGAAAAGAGGCGGAUACAGAAUAUCAAAGCCCUUAUUUUAACCAGUCUGAGAAUGUUUACAUGCCAUAUAGAAUGUCAGGUAAAAUGAUUUCUUUUACACAAAGACAUUUAGCAGCUUACUUAAACACCUUUGAGAGCCGAUUUUCAUAGUUUUUGCAAACAAAUAUAGGCAAAAUAACAUGUAGGAAUGUUUACACAGCACAGAUAAGACGAAUUCCAAAGAAUGUUCGAGGGUGGGUUGCACCAUUAAGCAUUAAAUUAAACUAAGUUAAGAGAGAUUCGAAGAUUUGUUGACCUACUACUUUGUUUUUAAAUCAAGCUGUGAAUUAAAAUUCGAAAUGGAUAAACAAAUCAGGGAUUAGAAUUUUCAACUUUUAAUUCUCUACUGCACACUCUACUGCUGGAUGGGACUUAAUGAAAAUGAUAAUGGUUCGUUUGGGUUCAUUUUAUUUACAUUUUUUUGUACACCUGCCACAGAGGGUUUUUUUGUGUGUGUUGCAAUGUGAAACAAUAUGGAAGCCUGUUUCCGCCACUGAAUAAAAAAUAAAACAGAUUAUUGUGACUUAAUCUCAGAAUUGCAUGAUACAAACUCACAAUUCGGACUUUUUUCCCCACAUAGUUGUGAGAUUUAAAUUAAAAACGAUUAAGUCAGAAUUGCGAGAUAACUCAGAACUCUCAAUUCUGAGUUAUAAAGUCACAAUAACCUUUUUAUUUUUUAUUCAGAGGCAGCAACGGGCUUCCAUAAAACAAUGAUAUCAAAUUAGAUAGACAAUAAUUAAUACACUCCCAAAAGACAAAGCUAAGAUAAGCUAAUAUAUACAAAAUCACCUAAAUGACGUUUAAUUGUCGGGAAAUCAUUAAGUAGAAAUGGAAAUGUUAGUGUGUCGUGUCAUAUGUCGUGCAUCAUGAGAUUUCGCACCAAUUGGAAAUCCCAACACUGGUUUGCCCUCUCUUCUAUUUUGAACAUAAAUUGUGAACUAAUAAAUGCGAUAUCACCAAACACAAUGCCAGCAAAAACAUCCUUAAAAGUUACCCCCAGGCAAUAAUAAAAGAAGAGAAUUUCUGAUCAUGCAAAAUAAAAAACUAGUAAAAAUGAAUAAAAUAUGUAUCUCCUUUGAUGUUUUUUGAACAUUAUAAUUGGUUGCAAUCAUUUAAAAGACAUGCACUGAAAAUAGGGCUUAAACAAGGUGCUGUAGAAGGUUAAAUAUAAACCUGAAGUUUAAACCAGUAAUGGAGAAACUAGAAUAAAGUUAAUCUGUUAUAAAUUUAUUUAUUUAUUAAUUUAAGUGGAUUGAACAUAAAACAAUUAAGUUGUCCAAAAAAACCCACAAGAAUUAUGUGGUUUCCGCUCAUUUUAAUAAGUAGUUUGAACAAACAGCAAACUUUUUUGAGUCUGUCUGUCUGUCUCUCUCUCUCUCUCUCUCUCUCUCUAUCUAUCUAUCUAUCUAUCUAUCUAUCUAUCUAUCUAUCUAUCUAUCUAUCUAUCUAUCUAUCUAUCUAUCUAUCUAUCUAUCUAUCUAUCUAUCUGUCUGUCUGUCUGUCUGUCUGUCUGUCUGUCUGUCUGUCUGUCUGUCUGUCUGUCUGUCUAUCUAUCUAUCUAUCCAUCUAUCUAUCUAUCUGUCUGUCUGUCUGUCUGUCUGUCUGUCUAUCUGUCUUUAACAAAAAGUAGUGUGGUGCAACAGACCUUGAUUUACUCAACAUUUAAUCCUUUUUUGGUCCAACCUACCCUAACAGUCUAAACCAGAUCAUUAUGAAUAAUUUUAUGUGACUGUUUGACAAGAAUACAUAUAGACUUAGCUUAGAUAGUCUUAUAAUGAACACAGUUUUGUAACACAUUGCUUGGUACUGUAUGUCUGGUUUACAACAACAUUUCUAUGUGAGCACACUAUCCUGCAAAAACCCCUUCAAGCGUGCAUCUUAUUAGGGGUCUAUAAUGCGCAGAUAACACAAUUGCCUUGUGUGAAGAGAACCAUUAACAUGGGCUUCAAUGGACAAAUGAAAUUACAUCAUAAAAGACGAGGCUAAAAAUAAUCUAAUGGCUGUGAAGCAAGCCGAGUUCACUCGAAUUACUCACCCUGCAGUCCAAUCACAUGGGAAAAUUACAAGGGAAGCACAUUUACAAAGGAAUGACCUAAACAUUUCUAUUAUUUGCUGUUUUUAUGUCCAGCUCUUAUGCAUGAGAGUGUCUUCGAUCAAAGUGAAUACAAUUCUUUAAAAAAAAAAGCAUUUAAAAAUACGCUGGGGUGCACACAUUCAAUUUGUGUUGGGACAACAUGAAGGAAUUAAGUUAAAGAGAUAGUUCACCCAAAAAAUAAACAAUUUACUCACUGUGUACUCACCCUCAAGUGGUUACAAACAUUAGCUUCUUUAUUCUGUUGAAAACAAACUAAGUAUUUUGAAUGAAGCUGUAAACAUGUAACCAUUGACUUCCAUAGUAAGAAAAACAAAUACUAUGGAAGUCAAUGGUUACAGGUUUACAAACAUUUUUUUUUUCAAGAUAUCUUCUUUUGUGUUCAACAGGUAUUGAAAGAAGUAAAGUGCAAGUACAUUAUGACAGAAUUUUCAGUUUCAGUGAGUGAGCUAGCCCUUUAGCUUAUUAGUUUUUACAAUUUAAGUGGAUUGGACUUAAAACAAUUAAGCUGUCCUAAUUAACCGUCAAGAAGUGUGCCGCUCCAGCUUAUUUUAAAUAAGCAGUUUGAACAAAAAGCAAACAUCCUUUUUUGAGUGCUUAUAUGAAACUACUGUUUACCAACAAACACUUCAUAGGUGUCGACACUUCUGGGUUACACAGGAUUAUCUACAUUAUCAGCUGAAUUUGAGUUUUAAAAAAAAUACGCUUUUGAAGGAUUUUUGGACGUCAUUGCAAACUCAGGAUUUUAUACAGUAUACUAUUACUACUAUGUACUAUAAAUCACUGAUCAAAUAUUAAUGCCCAAUACACAAAAAGUUACAUGGUUGCCUUACAUUUUAAAGUUGAAUCAAAUUAAUCUUAUGGGUUAUUUUAACUUAAAUUACAUGAAACUGACUUAAACAGCUUGUACACUACAAAUAAUGCUCAGCUCUUUGGUCUUGUUUCUUGUCCAAAUUCUUAAGUCAAGAAGCUUUUUCCAGACAAGCAAAACAUAUUGUCUUUAAAUUUAAUGAGAUUUAUCCAACACAAUCUCACAAAAAUUCGUAACUUUUUGAUUUAGUGGCUAAUUCGUACGAAUUCGUACGAUCUAAUUCGUACAAUUUAGUACGAUUUGCUCAUCCGCCAAUGACUGUUGGGUUUAGCGGUGGGGUUAGGUGCCACGCCUCCUUUUUAAAAUCGUACAAUUUCGUACGACUGAUCUCGUACAAAUUCAUACGAAUUAGCCACUAAAUUGUCAAAACGUAAAAUACUUACGUUUUCUCGUGAGAUCAGGCUGGAUUUAUCCUAAAACAAGCAAAAUAAUCUGCCAAUGGGGUAAGCAAAAUAAUCUCAUGUCAAAAGGAAUAACAAGUUUGUUUCGCUUACCCCAUUGGCAGAUUAUUUUGCUUGUUUUUAGGAAAAACUCUCUUCAUUUUGACACAUUAUUAAGACAAUAGUGUACACUGGUCUAUAAAAUGCUUCUUCAUGUAAGAGUUUUAGAUAUUUGUACUUCAAACAAGACAAAACCGCAUUUUUGGUGUGUAAAACAGAUCAUUGUAUUACAGUAUAACCACAACACUGCUCAUAUCAGGCUUGUGUGAAGAACCUGGAAGUGUGGAUGCCUGUUGUUUGACAUC